AUUUAUUGACGGAAAUAAUUUUUUUAGGGACAUUUCAGUAAGAUCGAUGGAAAACAAAUAGAAAGUUGAAUAAAAAUCGAAGAGUAUUUUCUAACGCCCUCACUGGGGUUCCCCAUUAAUGUUUUUGUGCCUAUGGUGAGGCAAUCCUGGUUGAAAAAGACGACCCAAUAGUUUUUUAAUAUCAUCUACAAUCUGGGUGAAAUAAAAUUUUCAUACUUCCCUUUCCAGUGAAAUCUCCCACCUGUUUAACUCUUCAGGUCUAUCUUCCUCGACAUACGUGUAGAGUCAAUCGUGACACUACGUUUUCAGAAGCUCUUAGAAACUCUCAAAUUGAACUCAGACCUACAAAUGUGUGUGUGGAAAAAUUAAUUGAAAAGUCUAGUGUUUUCUUUAGGGACUUGAGGAAAAGUGUCAAUCAGACCUCCUCCAACGAGUGCAUAAUUUUUUUCAUUUCGCAACAGCAAUUUUUAGUUUGAGAAGAUGAUAAUCGGUGAAUCGUCUUCGGAGAGCUCACCAGCCUGACAAAGUGUCUGGGAUUGUGACACAUCCGGUCGUGGAUAAAUCAUGAGUAAAAUUACCAGGGGUGGAUUUUCCUCAGCUAUUUCGACAUGAAAUUGUCUGUGAAAGAGGUGGACGAGUGACUGCUCACGGUAUCCCAGGAAAGUCCAGUGCAAAAUUGCAGUUGAACAAUUGCCUUCGUGUUAGCGAAUUGUCAGGGGAGUUAGUCUCCUCAGGUUUUCACUAUCGAAACGCUGAGCUGUGAAAUACUCUGAUCUAAUUUCGGUUUCCCUUUGAUGAAAAGUCACUAAAAAUAACAGUGAUGAGCACUAAAGAAGUGAUUGGCUGAUCGUGAUCAGGUGGUUCUGCAAUUCACCCAAAAUUCUGAUUUCAAUUUUAUGAUUUUACUGAAUUAAAAAAUCACGAUGAAUCCAUCGCUGAUAAGAAUCCUGAUCUGUGCGAAAAAUCUGUGCAAAAAAAAUUAUUCCACUUUUGUCCGAGAGUUCGACGACCAAGUGCUGUCCCAUGUCCGGCCGUAUUCGGAAAUCCCGGGUCCGAAGCCGGUCCCAGUGUUCGGGAACACCUGGAGAUUUAUUCCAUACAUUGGUGACUUCAACAUUCAGGAAAUCGCCAAAGUAUCGACCCGCCUGUUCACCGAUUACGGUGAUAUUGUAAAAGUCGGGGCCUUAAUGGGCCGCCCAGAUAUGGUGUUCCUGUACGAUGCCAACGAAAUAGAGCGAAUUUUUAAACAGGAAGAAAAAAUGCCCUAUCGUCCCUCGAUGCCCUCCCUCAAUUACUACAAACACGUCCUAAGGAGAGAUUUUUUUACCGAAGAUUACUCAGGAGUUAUCGCUUCACACGGUGAAAGUUGGUACAAAUUUCGCAGCAAAGUACAGCAAGUGAUGCUUCAGCCUCGAAUAGCAAAUAUGUACGUUGGCGCCAUUGAGGAAGCCAGCAUUGCCUUCAUCAAAAGAAUCAUGAACAUUAAGGAUCGCCAGGACGAAGUCCCCGAGGACUUUAUCAACGAAAUCAACAAAUGGGCCCUUGAAUCCAUUGGACAAGUUGCACUGGACCUGCGGCUCGGGUGCAUGGACGAGAACGCUAAUUUUGAGACUCAGCAACUCAUUAAUGCUAUUCACACUGUCUUUACCAAUGUGGGAAUUCUGGAGCUGAAAAUUCCGUUUUGGAAAGUUUUUAAGACACCCACGUGGAAUUCUUGGGUCGAGGCCUUGGACGUUAUAUUCAACUUUUCGACGAAGUACACGAAACUAGCUCUCGAUAAAUCCAGAAAUCACGAGAAAGGGCCUGAAGAUCUAUCGCUUUUGGAACGAGUCCUAAAAAUUGACGGUGACAAUGGACAUAAACUAGCAGCGGCCCUCGCACUGGAUCUUUUUCUAGUUGGCGUUGACACUACCGCCACAGCUGUGGGAUCGGUGCUGUACCAGUUGGCUCGACAUCCGGAGCAACAGGCGAUUCUGCAUGACGAGUUGGUGCGCAUUCUCCCAGAAGGAGACAUGCAAAUCAAUCGCAAACACUUGGAGGAUUUGAAGUAUGUGAAGGCAUGCAUAAGAGAAACAUUAAGGAUGUACCCCGUGGUAAUUGGCAACGGUCGCUGCAUGACGAAAGACACGAUAAUAAAAGGCUACCACAUUCCUAAAGGCGUCCAAGUUGUCUUCCAACACUACGUAAUCAGCAAUCAGGAAAAAUAUUUUCCCCGCAGCAAUGAAUUUCUCCCUGAACGAUGGCUCCGCGAAAGUGAAUCCCGACAUGCGUUUGCUUCGCUGCCAUUUGGAUAUGGAAGACGUAUGUGCCUGGGGAGACGUUUUGCUGAUCUUGAGUUGGUCAUGGUCAUAAGCAAGCUUUUACAGAGAUUUAAACUGGAAUAUCGUCAUGAUCAAUUGGACUAUCAUAUUAAUCCACUCUACACACCAAAGGGCCCGUUGAAAAUCAAAUUCAUAGAGAGAUGAAGAAGUUUAAAUACAGAAAAAUAAAAUAGUUUUUAAUAUGUGAUUUAUAAAAAGAGUUUUUGUAGUUGUGUAACAAUUUUAUAAUAAACAAACGUCUCAUUUUUUGUACAUUAAAAUUCGGAUAAUGCAAUUAGCAGGAAAAUAUAUUAAU